UUCAAAGAAACAAAAGGUUGCUCUGUUGAAAAUCUCUAGAAAUCGAGUCAAACAGAGCUGUUUUUCUUGCAGCAGAGCUUUUAGAGAAGAAAAGAGUAGAAAAAGAGAGGGAGAGAGAAAAAGAGCAGAAAAGAGCUCAAAGAAGUUCUGAGAAAAUUAGGGAUUUUGGUGUCUGGGUUGGUCAAGAUUUCGGAAGAAAAUUGCCUGAAAAAGAUCGGAAUAGAGGAGUUGAGGAGCUGUUGGAAGAUUUUGGAGAUUUUGGGUGCUUCGAUUUUGGGAUUUUGAUACCUGGGUUGAUCGAAAUUUGGAUAAAAAUCGUCGAAAGCGAGCUGGUAGAGGCGGCGAUUUGAGGAGAUUUUGGCGGAUUCUUGAGAUUUUGGGUCUUUGAGUACUUUGAUUUUGGGAUUUUGGUAUGUGGGUUUAUUGACUUUUCUGGAGAAAUUACUCGAAAAUGAGCCAAAAUGGAAGCUUUUAGAGGUUAGGGCUUUUGGGUACAUGGAUCUUGUUGUAAUGCGGUGAUUUGGGUUGAAAAGAUUGCUGUUUUGGAUUUGGAUUUUUGGGAAUUAGGUUUUCUGAUAUCUGGGUUUGUCUUGGAUUUGUAGGGAUUAGGGUUUUAGGUUUUAUUAAGAUAAUUUUGGGAUCUUGGUUUUUUUUUUUUUUUUUUUUUGUUCUUCCUUUUUUAGAAGAUUGGGGUGGUGGUGGUUGUGAUGAUAGUGAUAAUGAUGGAUGGGUAGUAAGAAGGAAGGGACAGGCGUGAUGCCGAGCUUCGCUCCUCCUUCAUUGGCAACGCAGUCACUAGGUAAAGAAGGGAGCCACAUCCAUUCUACUCAUGUUUCUGAAUUUGGCGUGCUUGAGCAAUCUAUUGUAUUUCGUUUAAAGGAUGCUGUUGACCACCCUGGAAGAAGUAUGUAUUCAAAGCCUUCCUCUUUGCUUGCUGGAGUAGAUGCUGAUUUCUUCUCUUCUCUAUCUGUUUCAUGCAUUGAAGAUCCUGUGUUCAACUCAAAGUCGAGUGGCCAGGCUGUUGCUUCUGAUUCUCUCCAAUUCGUCCAUUUUAAUAAGCAGGCGGUUGCUUCCGCUGAUAUAACUCCAAGAGUCGGAUCACAGAGGUUACCUCAAGAGAAGGGACAACAACCUAACACUGUUUCUAGCAAUCAUUUUGAUAAGUGGGGAGAGUCUACAAUGGCAGAUACCAGCCCUAGGACUGACGAUACUUCAACAGAUGUGGAUACAGACGAGAAGAAUCAAAGGUUUGAAGCAGGUCAGUCUAACUUUAUAGCAGCAUCUGAUUCCAAUGAUAGAUCAAAGACAGGAGAUCAGAAGACACUUCGUAGGCUUGCUCAAAAUCGUGAAGCUGCAAGAAAAAGCCGAUUGAGGAAGAAAGCAUAUGUCCAACAACUGGAAAGUAGCCGCCUGAAGCUAAACCAACUCGAGCAGGAGCUCCAACGAGCCCGCCAGCAGGGCAUCUUCAUUUCAAGCUCAGGAGAUCAAUCCCAUUCGAUGAGUGGAAAUGGUGCCUUGGCAUUUGACAUAGAAUACUCACGGUGGCUGGAAGAGCAUAACCGUCAGGUCAAUGAGCUGAGGGUGGCUGUGAACUCCCAUGCAGGUGAUGGUGAGCUCCAGUCUAUUGUUGACAGUGUUAUAGCUCACUAUGACGACAUUUUUAGGCUCAAGGGUGUUGCUGCUAAAGCCGAUGUCUUCCACAUACUUUCGGGCAUGUGGAAGACUCCCGCAGAGAGGUGCUUCAUGUGGCUGGGCGGAUUCCGUUCGUCUGAACUCCUCAAGCUUCUCGUGAGUCAUCUGGAGCCUCUUACCGAGCAGCAGUUGAUGGGCAUCUGCAAUCUGCAACAGUCCUCUCAACAGGCGGAGGAUGCUCUAUCUCAAGGUAUGGAGGCAUUACAACAGUCUCUGGCAGAAACACUGGCUGGAUCUCUUGGACCCUCUGGAUCAUCUGGGAAUGUGGCGAAUUACAUGGGUCAGAUGGCAAUGGCCAUGGGAAAGCUUGGUACCCUUGAGGGGUUCCUCCGCCAGGCCGACAAUCUGCGGCAACAAACCCUGCAACAGAUGCACCGGAUAUUAACGACCCGUCAAUCGGCACGGGCCCUUCUUGCCAUAAACGACUAUUUCUCCCGGCUCCGGGCUCUCAGCUCUCUGUGGCUGGCCCGACCACGGGAGUGAAGCAGCUGUGGAUACGAUUUGAAUUCUUCUGGAUGAUCACGGAUCUGGCUAGGUGGUGGGCCGCGAGCAGAUGUCGAUGUACAUCUUGUAGUUUACAAGAAGUUUCAACAUGGGUUGUAUCUUUUACUGUCGUUGAGACACUUGCCUCAUCUUGUCCAUGUAUCAUAAUGCCGUGGUCCACCGGGAUUGUUGUAUGUUUAUUACAUGCAAGGCUCUAGGAACAAUAGUGGCAAUAAAUCCAUAUCGGUUGUUUAAUAUCAUUGGGAAUGUAUUCAUUAUGCUAUGGGAAGAAAAUGAAACAGCUUGAAAAU